UGAUUAUAGUCGCGUUCAGUCAGUCAUUCGGUGAAGUAAACGAAAAAUUUUAUCAAACGGCACGCCAAUGUUCCUUUGUGUUGAAUGUAUUGCAGCUGCACAUCAAAGGUGUUCAUAACAUUUUGUGUUUGUGUGCAUGUGUGCGCGUAUAUGUGUGUGUGCUUUUGAUCCUUGCACACGGCUUGGAAGGUGCUUCUAGUCGGUGAACAAAAAAAAAAAAAAAAAAAAAAAAAAAUAAGCAAAAAAACUCGGUGCUGCCCGUUACAAAUAAUCUUUUGUUUGUUUGUAACACUUCAUAGUUAAAUAAGUAACACCAACAACAACACACACACACACACACAAAAUGACGCGACCGAAAGAGGAUUCAAAAUUUAAAGCAUUCCUGCGAGAGAACUCGCUGACUAUGCUCACAGUGACCGGCGUGUUCCUGGGCGGCUUAGUUGGCUUCAUCAUUAAGAACAGCACAGGCGAGUGGACGAAGCGUGAGAUUAUGUACAUAUCUUUUCCCGGUGAACUUUUUUUGCGCAUGCUAAAAUGUUUAAUUGUGCCAUUGUUGGUUUCAUCCAUAACGAGCGCCAUUGGUGGGCUCGAUCUGAGUAUGUCAGGGAGGAUUGCCAUACGCAAUAUAAUUACAGAGCUAACGCUUAUUAUUUUGUUACAACCAUUUCGGCGGUUGUUUUGGGUAUUUGCCUAGUCACAACAAUACGACCCGGACAGGGUGCCAAAAUAGUGGAAAUACGCACCGAAUCUGUAGAUAAAGCAUCUAAAGUGCUAACUCCUGAUACGCUUAUGGAUUUAGUGAGGAAUAUGUUUACGGAUAACAUUAUUCAAUCAACGAUGUUUCAGUAUCGCACGGAAAUCUUCGAAAAUACGAGUAUAAGUCCACCGGUACCCAUGGAAGAGUGGGACUUCAAGUCAGCACAACGCGAAGGCUCAAAUGUACUUGGCUUGGUAAUGUUUAGCGUCAUUUUGGGCACAACCAUUGGGCGCAUGCGUGAGAAAGGUCAACUGUUACAAGAUUUCUUUACCUCACUUAGUGAAGCGAUGAUGACAAUAACGUCUUGGGUUAUUUGGAUCUCGCCGCUCGGUGUGGGUUUCUUGAUAGCUGCCAAAAUAAUUGAAAUGGACUCCAUUGCUGCAACUAUACAAUCUUUGGGUUGGUACUUUAUAACGGUAAUGCUGGGUCUCUUCCUGCACGGAUUUGGUACCAUUGCUGUGAUAUUCUUCUUGGCCACUGGUACGUUGCCAUAUCGUUACAUUGCCAAAUUGAGUCAAGUCUUAGCCACUGCCUUUGGUACCGGCUCUAGUUCGGCUACCAUGCCACUGACAAUUAAAUGUCUCGAUGGUAUGGGCAUUGAUCCGCGUGUAACACGUUUUGUCAUUCCUGUCGGCGCAACAAUCAACAUGGACGGCACAGCAUUGUAUGAGGCGGUGGCAGCGCUUUUUAUUGCCCAAUAUCGUGAGAUGAGCUAUUCGUUUGGUAAUAUUGUGGCGGUCAGUAUUACGGCUACAGCUGCGUCGAUAGGUGCAGCUGGUAUACCACAGGCGGGUCUCGUAACUAUGGUGAUGGUGUUGGAUACAGUGGGAUUGGAACCGAAAGAUGUCUCACUGAUCAUAGCUGUCGAUUGGUUGCUAGAUCGCUUCCGUACCACCAUCAAUGUUAUGUGUGACGCACUAGGCACUAUAUUGGUCAAUCAUCUGUCGAGAAACGAUUUGCGAAGUGUCGAUAGGUUGAAUGCCGAACCCCAUGAGCUCCUCGAACUCGGUGCGAAUGGAAAUGAAACGAAAGAAUGAAGACGAACCCUGCCUACCCCUCCCCGUAUAAAACCGAAGCCCAAACAAGGACACACCACACAACGUUGAACAUUGGCUGCAUAAUGCGAGGCGCUUUGGCGCGUUUAAGUGUUACGAUGUGUGUUUGUGUGCAUGCGUGCGCAUAUUGGCAAUGUAAUAAUGUCACGCUGUGAACUUUACAUGGCUAACAACUGCUUCUGCCUGUGUCUAAAUAUUUGUAUUUUCAAAGUACAAGUACACCGAAUUUAUUUACAUAUAUGUAUGUAUAAAAUUUAUGAAGGAAAUAUGAUUUUUUGAAGCCAAAAAGGAAAAAUAUACCAAUGUACAAGAAUGUGUGCCAGUUUGCGUAGGCAAAGGAAUUACAAAGUAUUCAAUAAGAUUUGUAAAUAUAAAAAAUAAUACUUUUUUUCUAAAAAAAAUACUUGUAAAAGUUAUUGAGCGAUAAAGUUAAUUAAAAAAAUUUUAUGUUUAAUAAACAAAAUAAUCAAAAUAAAAUUAUUUUGAAAAAUAAUUUAAUUUCGAAAAACCAAGAACGCGCAGCAUAUGAAAAUGUAGCAGAGAAUAAUAGAAUUGCCAGCAAAAAUAAAGUCAAGCAGAUGUAUAGAUUUAGAAUAUGUACUGUUAGAUAUUGAUGUUAUCACAAAA